GAUAUUGAAGAAGGAUAAAAAGCUUCUCAAAGGUUUGGAAGGUUGAAUGUGAUCAGCAUGAAGAGCUUAAAAGCAAAGUUCAGGAAGAGUGACACCAAUGAAUGGAAUAAGAACGACGAUCGGCUGCUGCAGGCGGUGGAGAAUGGCGAUCCUGAGAAAGUGGCUUCAUUGCUGGGUAAAAAGGGAGCCAGUGCCACCAAACAAGACAGUGAGGGCAAAACUGCUUUUCACCUGGCAGCCACGAAAGGGCAUGCAGAGUGCCUCAGGAUCAUGGUGACACAUGGUGCAGAUGUGACAGCCCAAGAUGGUGCAGGGCACAGCGCUUUACAUCUUGCAGCAAAGAACAGUCACCCUGAUUGCAUUAAGAGGUUACUUCAGAGUAAAUGUCCAUCAGACAGCACUGACAAUUCUGGGAAAACAGCUUUACAUUAUGCAGCUGCAUGUGGUUGUCUUCAGGCAGUUCAGCUUCUAUGUGAACACAAAUGUCCAAUUAACAUUAAAGAUUCGGAUGGGAACAUACCUCUACUGCUUGCAGUACAAAAUGGUCAUAUGGAAGUCUGCAAAUGCCUUCUGGAUCAUGGAGCAGACAUCAACACCAGGGAUAAAAAUGGAAGAACUGCUUUGAUGAUGGCUUGUGAAGCUGGUAGCCUUAACAUGGUGGAAGCCUUCCUUAGGAAAGGUGCAGAUGUCAGUUUAGUAGAUGUCUUUGGACAGAAUGCCCUGCAUUACUCCAAGCUCUCCGAGAAUACAGGGAUCCAGAAUCUCCUAUCAUCAAAGUUAUCUCAGGAUGUGG